GCGUUUUUUACUUUGAUCCCGUUGUUGAAAUAAGAUCAAAUAAAAAAACAAGUUUUCUAUAAGGAUUAAGAAGAAACUGUUUAAGAAAAAACAGUCUCGCAAUUAAAGGAAAUUGAUUUUGUUUUUGAAAAAAAUGUGUUUUAAAAACUGGGGAAUUUUAUUUGUACUGUCAAGCCUAGUUUUCCAGGUUCACUCAAAUAUUGUUGAAGAAGUCACAAUACCGCCUAGUAAUCCAUGCAACAAUAUAUAUUGCCCUUCUACCUCCCACUGUCAUUCUGUUGUUAAUCUUCCAAACGAAUGUUGUCCCCGUUGUGGUUGCACUGAUACCACUGAUACUAGAUAUGCGCUAGGAGAAAAAUUUAUUAUAGAUCGUCGUAAUUCAUGCAGUAACUGUGAGUGCAAAGGUAUUUUAAAAUAUGAAUACGCCGUAUGCAAGAUAGUAAAAUGCCCUACAUUAAAUUGCCCAGGUGCCGAUAUCUAUAAACAAGCUGGACAGUGCUGUCCUAUAUGCAAAAAAGCGUCCAAUCCAUCAUAUUUUCCGGAAAUACCUGAUUUUAUGAAAAAAUUGGGGUGAAUGACUAAUUUAAAUAAUUUCUUCAUAUUAACAGCUUUAUACUUAAAUAAAUAAUAGUGUGUUGA